CCGACAUGGGAGCUGUCUUGAGUCCCCUUCAAUACUUAAGACGCGCCGUAUGGUUGAGACCUAUGUCUGGAAGGCAAUCAAAUAUCAGCAAGUUCUUCACUUUGGGCCCAGAGCAAGCGCGUAAAAAACGAACUCCAGCUGCUCCAGCGAAUUCAGAGAAUGAGGACGGUUCUCGAGUAAUAAAGAAAGAAGAGAAUGAUGAGAAAACUAGUGGAAAUGAUGGAAUAGCAGUUAAUGGAGAGAAGAGAACAGCAGACGAACUUGAGAGUCUGAAAGAGGAACAUGGAGAAGCGACAAAUUCUAUGGAAACCAAGCGUUCUAAGGUUGAUGGCUUGUCAUUAGCUUCAUCGUCAUCUUCCUCUUCAAAUCUUGCUUCUGAAGGUGAAACCACUCCUUCUGAGAUUCCUCCUCCUAUUGCUGAACCACCGCUAGAGUCUACGAGAAAACAGCAAACAAAAAAGGCUCACGCAACGUUUGCAGACAUGGUAUCUACUUUUACGAAAAUUGAGAAGACUACAAAGCGUCUGGAAAUCAUCGAUAUCAUGGGUACUUAUUUUUUUAAGAUGCUGCGUGAUUAUCCCAAUGAUUUACUUAUCUCUGUAUAUUUGAGCAUAAAUAAGCUAGGUCCAGAUUACUCGGGAAUUGAACUUGGUAUUGGUGAAAGUAUCAUCAUGAAAGCCGUUGCCGAAUCCACCGGCCAAACUCUUCAACAAAUCAAGCAAGCAUUCCACAAAGUUGGGGAUUUGGGUCUCGUUGCACAAACAUCCCGCCAAAAUCAGCCUACUAUGUUUCAACCUGCUGCUUUGACGCUACCUUUUCUGUUUGAUUCUUUAAAGUCAAUCGCACAAAUGUCCGGAAAUCAGUCUCAGAAUAGAAAAAUCGGCUUAAUUAAACGAUUACUAAGCUCUUGUCAAGGUGCUGAGCCGAAAUACCUUAUCCGAGCUUUAGAAGGAAAACUACGUUUACAGUUAGCAGAGAAGACCAUCCUUGUUUCCCUAGCAAAUGCCUGUGCACAAUAUCACGCUGACAAAAAACAAGUUAAGCUGUCUCAGCAGGACCGUAUCCAUGCUGAACAAACUCUUCGCGAUGUUUAUUCUCAACUACCUUCGUACGACAUUAUUGUGCCUCGGUUGAUUGAACAUGGAAUCGAAAAUCUGCGAGAAACUUGUAAGCUAACUCCUGGCGUCCCUACAAAGCCAAUGCUUGCCAAACCCACAAAACAGUUCUCCGAAGUUUUAGAUACGUUUGAUCAAGCUACUUUUACUUGCGAAUACAAGUAUGACGGAGAGCGUGCUCAAGUCCAUUUUACCGAAGACGGGAAGUUUUACGUGUUUUCUCGAAAUUCCGAGGACAUGUCCGUUCGCUAUCCCGAUAUUAUGGCGUCCGUACCCAGAUGGAGAAAGCCAGAAGCUACAAGCUUUAUCCUUGAUUGUGAAGCUACUGCUUGGGAUAAAGAGGAAAACAGAAUUCUUCCCUUUCAAAAACUGGCUACCCGUAAAAGGAAAGACGUAAAGUUGGAAGAAAUCAAGGUCCGAGCUUGUCUCUUUGCUUUUGAUAUUCUCUACUUGAACGGCAAAUCAUUGCUAGAUAUUCCAUUUUCAGAGCGUCGAAAGCACUUAUAUACAAUGUUUCAACCCAUCACAGGUGAGUUUGAUUUUGCUAAGCAUAGUGACCAACGGUCUGUUGAGUCUAUUCAAGAGUUCCUCGAGGAAGCCGUUAAAGAGUCUUGUGAAGGUCUUAUGGUCAAAAUGCUUGAAGGACCGGAAUCUCAUUAUGAACCUUCGAAAAGAUCUCGACAUUGGUUAAAGAUAAAGAAAGAUUACCUUUCAGGCGUUGGUGACUCACUUGAUUUGAUUGUUGUUGGUGCAUAUCAUGGAAGAGGUAAGAGAACUUCUGUGUAUGGCGCUUUUCUUUUGGGUUGCUAUGACCCUGAUACAGAGACUGUCCAAACAGUUUGUAAAUUAGGUACUGGCUUUUCAGAAGAGCAAUUGGAGCAAUUUCAUCGCCAAUUAAGUCAAAUAGUCAUUCCAAAAAAGAAAGAUUUCUAUUCUCAUAGUGAGGCUCCCCCUCAUCAACCUGAUGUUUGGUUCGAGCCAAAAUAUUUAUGGGAAGUUCUGACUGCAGAUUUAUCGCUCUCCCCUGUCUAUAAAGCUGCCAUUGGUUAUGUUCAAGAGGAUAAAGGAAUUAGUCUUCGGUUCCCUCGAUUUGUUCGAGUGCGUGAAGACAAAAAUUGGGAGGACGCUACAACUAGUGAGCAGGUUUCUGAAUUUUAUCGCUCUCAAAUUGUGCACACCCAGGCUUCAGCGCGUGCAUCGUCACCUAAUGCGGAAGAAUACUAAAGAAAAAUUGCUAGCUUUACCAACUACCUAAAAUAAGCCCAACAUUAAAACUUGGACAUGUUACUGUUUUUUUGCUCUACAAAGACGCUAAUUAUGUAUGAUGGAAUUAGAUUAUUAUAUAGUUUUCCCUUCUAAUUAAUAUUCCUUUUAAUUGCUUUGGUUAUGAUCUAACAAUGGAAUUUCAAAGGGUUAAAUCGAGACCAAUGCCGUAUUUUAAAUGUCA